UCAAUACAUACAUAUCUUGUGUCUAUACAUAUAUUGGGUGGGCAUCAGAACUCAAAUAUUCUGAGGGCAAGAAUCAAGAAAUCGAAGAAGCACAAGGCACCACCUUGUUCUUUUUCAAUUUUAGCAUCUGGGUCACUUCAAAAUCAUCACUUCUUCAACUGGUAUUACUAAUAUGUGCUCAUAUAUGUUGGUUCUUGGCUGAGUGUACAAGCAGAGCUAUCAAGUGCCCGGGAGUACUGCUUUUGUAUGCUCAUCUCUUCUGGUAAAUGGUCAAAUAAUAAAGUUAGAUAUUCAUAUACUCAUGUCUCAGUGAUGCCUCUAAUCUCUUGUUAGUUAUUACUGAGGGAAAUUACCAGGGGAAGAGAAGAAGAGAGUAUACGCUAGGAUAAAAGUUGAGGGACUCAACUUUGUUUGGUUCGCCAGUAAUCAUAAUUUGCCCCCGUCAACAAUUUUACUGGCUGAAAUUGGCCGAGUGUAAAGUUAAUAAACAACACCAUGCAUAAAGAUAGUAGUAGCAGUUUGCCUGCAACACCCACUUCACGCCUACGGCGGCGUAGAGGAUCCACAGAGAUUUCUCCUGACGUAAGCAAAUCAAAUGGAGAUCAGCUACUGGUCAGUGAUAAAAAUAAGUACAGGUCAAUGUUGGUACGUGCAUAUUCAACUGUAUGGAUGAUUGGGGGAUUCGUCUUAACUAUCUACAUGGGGCAUCUCUAUAUUUGGGCUAUGGUUGUUAUCAUCCAAAUUUUUAUGGCGAAAGAGCUGUUUAGUCUACUAAGAAAAACACAUGAAGACAGUCAUCUACCUGGAUUUAGGCAAUUAAAUUGGCACUUCUUCUUCACUGCAAUGCUGUUUGUAUAUGGCCGCAUUCUCAGUCAACGGCUUGUUAAUACUGUCACUUCAGACAAAUUUCUAUAUCAACUCGUUGGAAGACUUGUCAAGUACCAUAUGGUAACUUGUUAUUUCCUGUAUAUUGCAGGUUUUAUGUGGUUCAUUCUUACUUUAAAGAAGAAGAUGUACAAGUAUCAGUUUGGUCAAUAUGCAUGGACGCAUAUGAUUCUUAUCGUGGUUUUCACACAGUCCUCUUUUACUGUGGCAAACAUAUUCGAGGGAAUUUUCUGGUUUCUUCUUCCAGCAUCACUUAUUGUAAUCAAUGAUAUUGCUGCUUAUAUAUUUGGAUUCUUCUUUGGCAAAACCCCUUUGAUCAAGUUAUCUCCAAAGAAGACAUGGGAAGGUUUUAUUGGAGCAUCUUUUACAACUAUCAUUUCUGCAUUUGUGCUCGCCAAUGUUUUGGGCAAAUCUCAGUGGCUCACAUGUCCUCGGAAGGAUUUGUUAACUGGUUGGCUUCAUUGUGAUCCGGGCCCUUUGUUUAAGCCAGAAUAUUUUGCACUACCUGCAUGGUUUCCUGAUUGGUUCCCUUGGAAAGAAAUUGAAGUUUUGCCGGUACAAUGGCAUGCAUUGUGGCUCGGGCUUUUUGCUUCUAUAAUUGCACCUUUUGGAGGCUUUUUUGCUAGUGGUUUUAAAAGAGCUUUUAAGAUCAAGGAUUUUGGUGAUAGUAUUCCUGGUCAUGGUGGAAUGACGGAUAGAAUGGAUUGCCAGAUGGUGAUGGCUGUGUUUGCGUACAUAUACCACCAGUCAUUUAUUACACCUCAGAGUGUAUCAGUCGAGAUGAUUUUGGAUCAGAUAUUGAUGAACCUCAGCUUCGAGGAGCAGCGGGCAUUGUACACAAAGCUUGCACAGAUUAUUCAGGAGAGCCAAUUUGGAAGAUCCUAAAUUGAUCGCCUUUGUAACUUUAUCACCUUUGUAACUCACAACAAUCUAAAGGAACGCCGUUUAAAGAACCCUACCGUAGAGUGACUAAACCAAGCUGUGGCCUGUAAUCUGUACAUCCCAUUUGCAGCCUCUGCAAGGAUAGCGACUUUGAAGAGUCUCGACUCAUGCAGCAUAUUAAUUUGUGUUUUGUGUUUCGGUUUCCAGCAUGUUGUGCAUGUUUCUAUCUUUCUGCUGUCGUAAGAAGUUCUACCUGGAUUUAUACUUUAGCUGAACUAUAUGUAUGUCAGUAGUCAUAUAGUUGUAACAUCUGUACAGCACUUGCUUCCUCAUCGGAAGAUUUCUGGCUGCAAAGUCUCUCUUCCUAAUCUUCUUUUUUCAUUA